GACGCGGCGGGGCUGCAGCCGGAGCCGGAGCCUCAGUCGGUGUCGGGAGCCGGAGCCGCUGGGGCCAUGGGCUGGCGGGCGGGGGCCGCCGCUCUGCGCACCCAGCCUGCCGCGCGCUAGCGAGCCGCCGGGGAAGAUGGCGGAGAGGCUGGAAUGGGUGGAAAUCAUAGAGCCUCGAACGCGGGAGCGCAUGUAUGCCAACCUCAUCACAGGGGAGUGUGUGUGGGAUCCGCCCGCUGGGGUCCGCAUAAAGCGCACCAAUGAGAACCAGUGGUGGGAACUCUUUGACCCGAACACCUCACGGUUCUACUACUACAAUGCCACCACCCAGCGGACCGUAUGGCACCGGCCGCAGAACUGUGACAUUAUCCCGCUGGCCAAGCUACAGACCCUGAAGCAGAACACAGAGUCACCGAGGGCCUCCACAGAGAACAGCCCUGGGCGGAGCAGCAAUGUCAGCAGGGAGGGCAGCACCAGCUCCUCCCUGGAGCAGGAGCUGGAAGGCAGCGAGAAGGUGCAGGAUCAGACGAGGUCAAACCGCCAGUCAGCCCAGUUUGCUGUAGUGAAAGAAGAACCAGAAAGUUCUUCAUCUCCCGGAGUGUUUGAGAAAGAAUAUGAAAUAUACCGGGAUUACAAUACAGAAGGUCAACUUCUCCACUACAGGACAUCCUCCCUGCGGUGGAACACUGGCACCAAGGAGCGCAUGCUGAUCAAGGUGACGGACCGCGAGCCGAGCUUCCUCAUGCACCAGGGCAAUGGCUACACCACUGACAACCAGCAGGGGACCCGCUCACGGAGGCCGUCGGGGGGCCAGCAGUCCCCCAACCUGCAGACAUUUGCCCCUGACACUGACAACUCCGUCUUCUUCCCUGAGAGGAAGCAGUCUCCCUUCUUGAAAAGGGCUGACCACGUGGGCAGCUGCUCCCCGCUGCUCGGUCGGGGGGAUUCAUUCUGCUCCCCGCUCCAGUCCCAGCACCGGAAGCACUCGAGUGAGUCCCAGCCGUCUUCUCCUCGCUACGCCUAUGAACCCCCCUUGUACGAGGAGCCCCCCAUGGAGUACCAGGCCCCCAUCUAUGACGAGCCCCCCGUGGACAUGCAGUAUGAAGCCAGCGGGAACUACAAGGCGGGCUCCCCGCAGAAAUCGCCCGUCCGCAAACCCCACCCAUUCUUGCAGUCGCCCAAGCAGGGCCCCAACUCCCCCUACCAGCAGCUGGUGCUGACCAAACAGAAAUGCCCUGAGAGGUUCAUGAGCCUGGAGUACAGCCCUGCAGGCAAGGAAUAUGUAAGACAGCUGGUUUACGUGGAGCAGUCCGGUUCCAGCCCCAAGCUGAAAACGGGCCUGCGACACAAAUACUCCCCCAACCCCAUAGGUGGCUCGUACUCGCUGCAGCACAGCCCCUGCCUGGUGAGGGACCAGCGCCUGGAGAUCAAGUCUGGGGACUACAGCAGCAUGGAAGGGGCUGACUUCCGACAUAGCCAGUCCGUGAGCCAGGCCUCCCAGGGGGAAGACUCCAUGUCGUGGUCCAGCCAGCAGGACACCAUGUCUUCUACAGGGUACUCACCUAGCACCAGGAAAAGGAAAAGCAGGAAGCCCUCCCUGUCCCAUGACCCCAACACCUCCUCGACGGAUGGCUCGGGGGAUCGGGAGGCGCUCAACGAGCAGCUGAUGGCAGAGGAGAGGCCCAUGCCCGCCACUUACAGGCCCCAGAUGAACCGCACAGAGAGCAAAUCCAUUGAGGCCGAGGCAGUGCGGGGCUUCCCAGAGCCCUUCCUGGCCCAGGCCCGGCUGGCAUGGGAGGCACAGCAGGUUCACUACCACAUGAAGCAGCGGAGCAGCUGGGAUUCCCAGAAGGACGGCUCAGGCUAUGAGAGUGAUGGCGCCUUGCCAUUACCUAUGCCUGGCCCCGUGGUGCGGGCCUUCAGCGAGGAUGAGGCCCUGGCACAGCAGGAGAGCAAGCACUGGAAGAGGAAUACCUUUGAGAAGCUGGGGUUCCCUCAGAUCCUGCUGGAGAAGAGUGUGUCUGUGCAGACCAACCUGGCUUCUCCAGAGCCCUACCUGCAUCCAUCUCAGUCGGAGGAUCUUGGUGCCUGUGCCCAGUUUGAGAGCAGCAGACAGAACAGAAAUAUGAUGCCUAGUGCCAGCUGUGUCUUCCCUACCUUCACCCUACGAAAGCCCUCCUCGGAGACGGACAUUGAGAACUGGGCCUCCAAGCACUUCAACAAGCACACCCAAGGGCUCUUCCGGAGGAAGGUCUCCAUUGCCAAUAUGCUGGCCUGGAGCAGCGAGUCCAUCAAGAAGCCCAUGAUCAUGACCAGCGACCGCAACGUCAAGAAGGAAGCAUGUGAGAUAUUUAAACUGAUUCAGAUGUACAUGGGGGACCGGCGGGCCAAGGCAGAUCAACUCAAUGUGGCUUUGGAGAUUGCCACUAAAGGCUGGAGCAUGCAGGGUCUGAGAGACGAGCUGUACAUCCAGCUGUGCCGGCAGACCACUGAGAACUUCCGUUAUGAGAGUCUGGCACGGGGCUGGGAGCUAAUGGCUAUUUGCCUGGCCUUCUUCCCGCCCACUCCCAAAUUCCAUUCCUACCUAGAAGGAUAUAUUUACCGGCACAUGGAUCCGGUGAAUGACACCAAAGUGACUCAGCACAUUAAAGAGCUCCUGGAAAGGAACAGUAAGAAGAAAUCCAAAUUGAGAAAGAAACCCAAGCCCUAUAUCGAAGAGCAUGAUGGGGUGGCAAUAAGCACUUACGCCAAGUACUGUUACAACAAGCUCCAGAAAGCAGCCUUGACAGGAGCAAAGAAGGGCCUGAAGAAGCCGAAUAUUGAGGAGAUCCGGCAUGCAAAGAACGCAGUGUUCAGCCCCUCCAUGUUUGGGAGCUCCCUGCAGGAGAUCAUGAACAUGCAGAAGGAGAGGUACCCAGAUCGGCAGCUCCCCUGGGUGCAAACCAGGCUGUCUGAGGAAGUGCUGGCGCUGAAUGGAGAUCAGACCGAGGGCAUCUUCAGAGUGCCUGGAGACAUCGACGAGGUCAACGCCCUCAAGCUGCAGGUCGAUCAGUGGAAAAUCCCCACCGGCUUGGAAGACCCUCAUGUUCCUGCGUCGUUGCUGAAGCUCUGGUACCGGGAGCUGGAGGAGCCACUGAUUCCCCACGAGUUCUACGAACAGUGCAUCACCCACUACGAGAAUCCAGAGGCAGCCAUCGCAGUCAUCCAUUCUCUGCCCAGGAUCAACAAAAUGGUGCUCUGCUACCUCAUCCGCUUCCUACAGGUGUUCGUGCAGCCGGCUAACGUGGCGGUCACCAAGAUGGACGUCAAUAACCUGGCCAUGGUGAUGGCGCCCAACUGCCUGCGCUGCCAGUCCGACGACCCACGGAUCAUCUUUGAGAACACCAGGAAGGAAAUGUCCUUCAUCCGGGUGCUGAUCCAGCACCUGGACACCAGCUUCAUGGAGGGGGUCCUAUAGCGGCGAGCAGCGGGAGGAGCCAAAACCAAAUCUGACGACGACCACAACCCACCCAACCCCCCUUAAACCCCAGGUCAAUCAGCCGACGAGUACGAGCCAGACACCACAAAGGGAAGGCACUGGGCAGCCCUGGGCAGGGCCUCUCGUCCCCGUCACACCGUGUCCCCAGAGCCAUUAUGAGCUGGCCUAGUCCCGCCUCUCUCACCCCAGCAUCUCUCAUCAUCCUUUGCCCUCUAGUGUCAUACAGGAAGUGGUGGUGGGAUCCCGCCAGUGUUACUGGUGAAAUGACAUCCUCCCUCCCCUGAACCAGACCUCUGGAGAUGUUGCUGCCUAUCCCCCCAGCCAAGCCGCCGUGGGGCAGCCUGCAGGGUUAGCCUGGCGUGACAGCCACCUGCAGGUGAGGCUCGGGAGUCCUGCCUGGCAUCCUGGGCCUGCAGCCACUAUGGGGAUGUGGGAUGCUAGGCCUUGCCACCGCACUUUAAUGAGUGCUGCGUCUCGCAGGAGAGCCACUCCCAGCCAGAGGGGUGGCUGCAGGAGGGGGUGGUGCUUAAGAUGGCAGCGUGGACGGAGGGGGAGAUCAGAAUAAGGUAGCGAGCAUCACCAUGGCCUCCCAAUGCUCCUGCCCUGGGGCCAGCGCUGGCUGGGAGGGUGGGUAGGACAGUCUCAAGGCAGGAACUGCAGGGGGGUAUUUGCAGCAGUCCCACGCAGCCUGGGACUAGGGGAUGCCCAGUGGGAACAUUCAUGUGGAAUAGGGUGUGGAUCCAUCUGGGAGGAUAAAGCCCCUUGGUAGGAAGGGGUCUAAGCCCCACGCAGGCCUCAUCAACCCAGCCCCCCGGUGAGAAGAGGGACCCCUUUAUGGCUAGAGGAGGGGGCCAAAACCAACUCCAAGUUCUCAGGGCAAAGCUCGUGGUGAGGCGUCUCUGUGACCCAGAGCCGCCUGCAUCCGGCGAUGUCACUUCCCCUUCCUUUCCUCCUCUUCACCGGCUGCUUGCGAUGCCCAGAUCUGAUUGCAGCGUCUGCGCUGGGAGGGGGGGUGUCGGCUCAGCAGUGAUUCAUUCUCAAACCCUGAGACCUACCAGCCCUUCCUAGACAGGAUCUCGGCGCCUUGAGCGUAACCCCACGCCGGGAGGUUCAGGGCAGGGCAGAAAGCCAUGACUGCAGCUGUUUUGUCCUGGUGUUGGAUUCAGGCUCCCCUCUGCUGCCCGGGCUCCCAUUCCAGGGCAGGAUGGCCCGGAGGGGCUGGGCUUCAUUUGCCAUUUGGGCUGUGGCAGGCUCAGCUGGCGCAGGGUUCGGCUACAUCUCAGCAACCCGAGCUGGUUCCAUGCCAUCUCUAGAAGGGGAUUGUCCCCGGCUUUUCCGGACUCCCCGCAGCAGUGAGCCAUCUCCGCCUGCCCUAGAGAGGGCGACAGUGCAGGCAGAGGGUGCGUGUCCCAUCAGGGCCACCUGCGAACGAUGGAUUUAACAAUCAGUCAGGGAUAGAAGAAUGGCCAUCAAAGGUGGCACUCAAGUUCCACCUUCACCCUCCUGGGUAUGGGUAGGGCUAGUUAACUUCCUGAGUGUUUUGCCCAUGUGGCCCAUGCACAGCUAGGGCCCGGUAUCAGCAAUAACUCCAUCGCUGAUUUCCAAGACAACAUCUGCUGAGUUUAUCAACCCAGACAAGACUGGCGCUGGCUGGCGCUGUGUGCAGCAGGUCAGGCCCCAGCUCACUGGGCCCAAGCUCCAUCAGCCCUGUGGAGGAGAGUUGUUUUGGGCAGGGCGGCAAGCGGGCGCAAUGGAAGAGGCGUGCUGUCGGGAGAGUGGAGAGUGCCAAGGAGCUGGUGUCACGGGAGCACCCAGCGUGCCAAACCCUUCCACUGUAGCAAUAUCCCGGCUGGGCUGUGUCGGGGCUUCUUUCUGUCAUGGCUGGAUUCUGCAGCAUCGGCCAGGGCAAGGAGGCUGCUGUGCUGAGCCAUGGCAAUGAGAAAGGCUUUUAAAACACUUGGCUAGUGUGGGACACACUCUGGGUGGAGGUGCUGGCUCCUGAAGGCAGAGAGAGAUCGAGAGGUUCUCUCCUGCUGUCAGAGAAUGAAAGUGUGGGUCAGACUUGUGAAAAUCCCACCUGGCAACAUGUUCUGGAUGGCCCUUGGCAUCAGCCCCAGCGAGGCAUCGGGGGCUUCUGGAUCACCGGGCUCAGAGGGCUCUGGGACGCAUGGCAGAGCUGAAGCCAUCAGCAGUGCCAUGUUUUCUCUCUUCCUUGCCCUGCGGAGGGUUUCCAAGGCAGAUGGCUGCUGUUGCUCUAUGGGAGCUGGGAGGCUAGUGGGAAAUGGUUACAAUCCAGCUCGUUCCCUCCUCUCAAGGGGCUCUCCUUGGGACAGUCAGGACCAAUGCAGGCUGGACUUGGGUCUCUGAAAGUAGCCCUGGCAUCUCCAACUCCCUAUCUGAUGGGCAAAAUCCCUUCUCGUCGAGCCGCCUGGCAAAUCUGAAAUGCCCCAUGUGAGCCUAGUGUUGGGCCCCAGCAUCUCCAAGCUCCAUUGCCUUCUGCAGUUGGCCCCUUGCCCAGCUGCCACCCCCAGGCCUGUGCUCUAGCAGAUAUCCAGCUCAAUCCACCUUUACCAGAGGCCAGUUCCCUCGUAAGGGUCUGUUGGCCUUUAGGGUUUGCAUGUAUUAAAAGGGAGUCCAACUCAGAAUGCAACAAAACCAGUCCCUGAGCAGCCUGGUGGUGGCACUGGGCUGUGCCUCUGAGGAUCUGCAGUGCACUGCCCCGUAUCCCUGUUUUUAUAGAGCUCCCCACUUUAACUCGGAGCUGCAGGAGAGUUAACCUCUUGGCUGCUGGUGCUCAGGCAGGGACUCUGUGCCCUACCAUCUAGGUUUACAUUUCUCCAUGUUAACUCUCUUCUCCCCAGCCUCUCUCCCUGCUCUGCUCUUUAACCUGCAGCCCUGCUUCCUUGGGAUCUCAGUGGAGGAACUGGUUUUUCUGUCUGACCU